CAUGGUCUUUUGGUUUACGCUUUCGCUGAUCCUUCAAUGUUUCAUUGAAAUUUGAAGGCUUCAAUCUGACCUUCAAAAGUAACAAGGAACGACGUCACCAUGGUCACGUAUGUACUUCAUGUAUGCUUGCCGGAGCCUGAAGUUGCCAUGGUUACUUUCGACGGCCUGGCACGUGCACAUGGACAUGGUUAUCAUUAUCAUGCAUGGUUAUUUAUGGUUAUCAUGGUUGUAUUGCGUUGUAUAUUAUUUUUCUCGAUGCCAGCGGCAUGACUCGCCUGAUCUGAGUCCAGUUCGCGGCCUGUGCCAGUUCACAUGGUUCACAUCCCAGCAGUGACUGUGUUGGCGGGUCCGGUCCACGUCUGCACAGACUCAGUCAGCAUGGUCAGUGCCCGGCCCUUACUUGACUCGCGCGAUCGGAUUUCAUUGAGCAAUGCAGCUGUAGUCUAGACAGUGUAGUGACUUGCGACUGAGAAGCGCGGUCAAAUCAGGUGCCUUUUGAAAAUGAAUUGAAGAAGGAAAACUGCAUCAUGGAUUCUUGCUUCAUUCUCAGUUUUCUUUCGUGUCGAGGCACAAACGCAUCUGAUUGAGCAAGUUUGCGGUAAAUCGUGAGAAGUAGCGGUUGCCAGUAGCCACUACCGACUACUGGCAACAAUGGCAGCACGAAGCAGCGAGGGAGCUGUCUCUGGAAUCAAUCAAGCUGGAAUUAGUCUUCAGAAUAUUGUCGCUAUUGAUCCCGACUCAAUCGUGUCAGAUCCGCGACAAGCCGAGACUCUCUUUAUUGCUUUACAGCAGGCCAGUGUUGGAGACAUUGAUGAAGGACCGCAGUCUCACAAUGUGACCUAUUGGAAGCACUUAUUUGAAGUGACACAGGCGGUGUUGAAGGUAAAAGGUGAAGAUGCGUCGUUGGCACUAGAAGCACUAAGGAUGCAAGAACAGUCGAGCCAAGACAACAUUCAGCAACUGCAGCGGCAGCUACAGCGAAGCGGACAGAGAAGUGCUGGUAGAGGUGGCGCUAGUGAUCCAGUACAAGAAGAUUUGGCAGCAUUGGAAAAGCGGAGCUCAAAAUUGCAGAAGCACUUGCGACGUGCAGAAAUGGAUCUGGCGAAGGAACAAGCGGAAAAGGAUACUGUGCGGGAGGAAUGUCAACGACAACAAGCAGAGUUGGAACGUCUCUCAUCAGAGAAUAAGCAAAUGAAGGGAGCUAUAACGGAUUACCAAGCCCAACUACAAACAUAUCGUGCCUCUGUGAGAAACCAACAUGGCUUUGAGUCUGAGGAGAGGCAGCGACAAAAGCUUCGCAAUGUCCAGCUCUCUGGUGAGCUAGACUCUCUGAGAAAGGAUUUAGCUGAGAACAAUACCCAGCUUGUUCAAGAGCGUGACAGGUUGGCAGCUGACCUGAAGGUAGCAACAACGGAUAUGCUGGAGGCAACAGAAGAGAUCGUUCGCCUCAAGGCCGCUCUGAAGCAAUCCGAUGAAAUUGUCAAGAAUAUGAAAGACAACGAAGCUCGAAUGGAGGAUGAGAUGGCUGAAAAGGAGCACACCUACCAGAAGAAAGCAGAAGAAGAGGACGCAAUGAUGGCAGCAAUUGAUGAAAAGUUAGAGGAUUGGAAGCAAGUCCUGGAUGAACGUAACGUUGAACUGGUCCAGUGUAAAGAGACGAUAUCACGCCAGAAGAAGGAACUGUUAUCUUCCACUUCGGACAAGACAAAUCAUUUCAGAUUGGCAAAGAUUGCAGAGAACCGUGCUGAAGAGAUUGAUGCACUGAAUGAUAGGUUGAUGAAGAUGGAAGAAGAAGCCACAAUGAAUUCCGAGAAGAUGGAGCUUAUGAAGAAACAGACAGGUGACAGUGAAAGUCAGCGGCGGAUUACCGAGCUGGAAGCACUCAACUCACAGUUAGCUGAUCAGGCUUCUCACGAUCGGCAGCUGUGUGAACAGGCUGCUCAAGAUGCAGCAGCGAAGGAUCAGCAAUUGGCAGCUAGUUUGACCAAGAUCAAUGCACUAGUCCAGGGACACUAUGGGUUGACAGAAGCCAUGAAAGAGAUCCAGGAACUUAAAACCCAAGUAUCGUUACGUGACGACGAUAUCAAAGGAUUUGUUACUCAAGUCAAUGAACUGCAAGUUGCUGUCAAUUCUCUGGAAGAUGAAAACAGUGAAUUGUGUCAACGCCUUGGUAUUGAUCGUACGUCCUCUGAGUUCAUGCAUGAACUCCAGUUCAACAAGCGUGUCACUAAUGAGCAAGAGAAGGCCAAAGCUAGGCAUUUGGCAAGAGAGGUGGAGCGAUUGGAGAGUGAGCGUGUUGAAUUGAAACGUCAGCUACUUAUCCAAGCGAUGCAGAGAGGAGAAAGGGCGGUGCAACUUGGACUCACAACGGAGGAUCUAAUUGCUGUGGAGGAGUUUGCCGACUUACUUCGAAAUGCUGAUCACCGUAAUGAGCCACGCCCUGAUCCCGUGCAAGUGAUGACAUCACAGCAUUCCUUGAAAGAAUGGAAAGAGGAAUUGAAGCAUCGUGAUGAAGAGCUGGAGAAAGUCAGGCUAUCCUACAAGCAGGCAAAGUCCAGCAUGACAAUCCUGAGCAGAGAAAAGGCAGAACUGGAGAAGCAGCAUAAGGCAUUGGCGGAUGAGAAUCUUGAGCUAUCCAGGUUGCUGAAAGAUGUGGCCCAACAGGUGAAAGCUAUCGAGUCUCUCCCUGCACGCGAGUCAGAAGCAUCAAAAAGCAAAUUGGUGUCACGAAGAGGUGGAGAUGAAGUGGCCAGUGCCGUAGCAGGUACUAAGCUAAUGUCCAAUGGCUUGGAAGAGCUGUUAGCAUUAUGGCAUGCUAGACACAGUCCUGGUAGCCAAGAAGGUGUAGCGUUCCAGUUACGCGCUCAAAUUGAUCAGCUUGUGGGCAAGUCAGCGCAAGUUGGAGAUCAGCUACGCCAAAGUCAGCAACUAUGUGAGCAAUUGACUUCUCAGAAAGCACGGCAAGAACUUCAGAUUGAGACGCUAGAGUCGGAUAUUGCCAUCCUACGGCAAGCAGGUGCUCAAAUCUCCAAACACCAUAACACAAAGCUUCCCGAGGAAAUUCCUCUGACAUCAGCGGAGAUUAUUGCCAGUUUAAACAAGCAAUUGCUGCAUACAUUACAUCAACUGUCAAUCCAAGAAGAGCAGCUACGGAAAUCGGAGAGGUCACUAUCAGCUGUGCAGAGUCAGACAGCCUCCAUACUUCAUCAGCAGGGCCUGCUCUAUCAGCAGUACGAAUCAGAUAAGUCUCUAUGGACCUGCAAAGAAGAACAGAUCAAGAAGGACAAGGCUCAGCUUGAAGAAAGGCAUGUGGCUGACCAGUUGACUAUUGCACGUCUUGAGCGCAUGGAUGAAGCCAGAAAAGACAAGGAUGCUAGUGAUUCAUACCUCUCCGAACUCAGCCAGCGUGUUACAGACAUGGAGAUCACAGAGAGGAAGCUUAGAAGACAAUUGUUGACAGUCAUGGAGGAUCACUCUCAUUUGACCAAAGACUACAACAUGCUGAAGAAUGAUCAUUUGUCAAUGGAAGCAAAGUGUCAAGAAAGGAUAAGCGCCUUGCAGCAGUACCGCAUCCUCUCUGAAGCUCGUCUUGGUGCUCUAAGCCAGCGGUUGGAGAACUCCUCGCCGCUGUCGGAACUGACCAAGACUCAGACCAAUUUGAAUGAGCUCUCUGCUAAGUACCGUGCACUGUUGAACCAACAGGCACAGCACGAGGAUCUUCAGGGAACUAUAGACGAGUUAAAGUCUCAGUCAUCCAGAUAUCAAACACAAGUAGAGGAACAAAAGGCCGAGCUGUUACUACUCAAGGAGAGAGCUAGCAAAGCUGAACACUUGUUGAAGACAGCUGGAGCAAGUGAUGAAGGCAAGCAUCAUCUACGGUCCUCACAACAAGUCUCACUGCUGGAGAUGAAGGCGCUCAGUGCAGAACAGAAGGCCGAGCUUGCAAACCAAAAGAUGAACCACUUCAAGAGUACAGUAGCACAAGUGGAAGAAAGAAAUUUCCAACUAGAAAAGCACUUUGAAGAGUUAACAAAGCUCAAUAUAGAAGCUCAGCAGCAAGAAUCAAACAUUCGCCAACAACUCAAUGGUUGCAUCCCUGCUAGUGAGGCAACUGCUUGUCGAGAACAGAUACAGCGGCUGAUGGAAUCUGAAGCUGCACUGCAAGCCGACGUGACACGGCUGCAGAACGAACUGGGUGUGCUGACACAACAUGGAAACACGGUGGAGUUGUGGCAGACUGUGCAUCAAGCUGAGAUGAAUUCUCUUAGAACACAGCUGAUUGAAAAUACCUCCAGAACGGAUGAAAGGACCCUGAUCGGAAAACUACACCGUCACAUUGUAGCCUUGGAAGUCAGAGAGGCCACAGCUAUGCACAAACUGCACCAGGCUUCAUCCAAGGUGACAAACUUGGAGGCAUCGCUGGCCAAACUGCAAGAAGAAAGUGAUGCAAAGACAGCUAGUCUGCACCAGUGCAAGAUGUCAGCCAUUAGUAAACAGUGUCAGCUACGCCAUACCAUACAGAUGCUGCGACGUCAGUACUCCGGCUGUGUAACUCUAGCCCAGCAAGAACAGUACACUACAAUGUUAAGACAUGCCCGUGCUGCACGCUGCGAUGCUGAGAAGAAGUUGAAGGAAGCUGUUGAUCAGCAAGUAGCAGUGGAUGAUCAGCUUGCUGAGCUGCAGAUACGACUAGCUAGUGUUCAGGAACUGCUAGGAUCCCUACAAGAUGGCACACAUGCAUCCAAGAUUGUGCUAUGGCAUGGUAAGAUGGAAGAAGUUCGACUGGAGAACUUGCGUCAGCUGCGUCUUGUUGACAAAAUGAAGGCAGAGAUCAAGUCUCUGCAGCUAUCCAAUGAUCAUCAUGAAGAGGUUGCAUUGCAAGCCGAAGAAUCCCUUGUAAAGGAGCAACAGCAGCAUGAAACUGAGCUUAUGUCUUGGGAGAGAAGAGAAGCCGAAUUGGAAGACGCCAUUCAUAAACUCCAGGUUUCUCAGGAACGAAUGCUAGAGUCUGCCAAUGAGCUGGGAAGUUCGCAACGUCUUGUACCAGACCCAUCACAACCUGUUGCAACACAAUUAGAACAGGCUGUUGGUCGUCUCAAGCACCAAGCGCUGCGAUGUGCCAGAUUGCAGGACCACUGUGAUGCUUUGGAAAAGGAUAAACGAAGCCUUGAUGACCAAAGAUGUCAACUUGAGCAACAACUCAUCCGAAAAGAAAAGGUGGAGACUGAACUUCGCAUUCGUCUCACUGGGCAUCCCAGUGAUGUGGAGACCACUGAAGACACAGUGUCCACGCGUGAGAAAGAAGCAAUCAAGAAAGCACAGCGCAUGAUCGAGUCGUUGAAAGAGCAGCUACAACAGAAGGAAAAUGUUCUACUGAAGUACCAAUCAAGACUUGUUCAAGUUCAAGAGGAGUGUGCAGCUACUACUGAUGAGCAGAAAGAGCAGAUUGCCUUGUUGUCACGCAAGGUGAAAUCUGGCAGUGAUGAUGUUUUCCAAAAGCUGAGGCAAGCAGCUGUGGAAUCAACAAGAGUUGCUGACCCUCCUCUUCCAACCCAGAAACAGCUGGAUCGUUUGAGGGAGCUUGAGGAUAUUGUGUCGGAACAGGACAAGACAAUAGCAGCAUUACUCGCUAGAUGUGAUAAAGAGAAGCAAAGGCACGGGGAAGCAGAGGCAUCAUGGACGUUGUCCCUGAGGAACCUCAAGCAGCAAAUGGAAAGUCAACUGGAUAGUAUCCGUGAGGACUACCAACGAACAGAACAUGCUCGGAAGGCAGUGUCUGAGGAGCUCUCUGCUGUUCAAGAACAGCUGGAAGUGACGAGAGCCGAGCUGCUAGCUGCUCAAGAGGCAGCCCAGCACGCACCUAACAGAACAAUGAAAGUUCUCGUGGAGAAGUUAAAACAGCAGCUGGCUGCGAAAGAGCAACAGCAUCAAGCGCUGACGCAAGCACUCGCUCAGCUAAGGUCUGAUUUCACGAACAUGGCGGAACAGCAGAUCCAGGACAAAAUGGCAAGUUCGAAGGAGGAGUUGAAUAUCCAAAAGCUGAUCAAUGACCAGACUGCAAAGCUAAAGACACACAUCGAUGACCUGCAAGCCAAACUAGAUCAUCUAUCAUCCCAAAGUGAGAAACACUCUAAGCAAGAACUCCUAUUCAAAGAGAAGAUUGCAGCACUGCAGGAAACCCUGCACCAGAAAGAGAUUGCCCUUGGCCGACAAGACAAGUCUUUGCAGAGCCUGAGAAAGGAGAAGGAGCGAUGGCUAGGAAGAGAGAAGGAAUUGCUCAGUUCGCAAGCAAGCAAGCCUGUAAGAAGACCAGAUGCAAGCUCUUCAAGAAGGUCCAGAAACUGACAACAUACAUUGACGAUGUUGAUCCUUUCAAACAAUACUCACGUAUGAUGCUAUGCUGCACCAUACUGAUGCAGUCCCAUUCAGUUCCAGUAUUCAUAGCCACCCGCACAACUAUCAGUUUACACUUGAUUGUCAAUCAGAAGGGCAAGCUGGCAACAGUGGCAACAACCAUGCAGAGCUUGUCCUCAUGAUACAUCAAGUUUUUCAGUCCGCCUGAGGUCUGCUCCCGUUUAUGCUGCUGUCUGUCUGUCACUCUCUGAGCUCACUAAGCGUCACAGUGUUGUUCGACAAGUGUGUCGAAUACUGAUGCCUAUGGUCCUAGGCUAGGGUACGUUCGGUUUCAACUGUCCCGUUCUAAUGCCUGCACUUUUCAUGGCAUAACUUACUUGUUGCUGCACCUUGAACUUGAGUCCAAUGAGCUGAUUUUCUCACUGACCAAGCCUGUGUAUUUUAUUGACCUCAUACCCAGCCUCACAGAA